GCAAAUCAGGUUAAGUUACAGGAGCUAGCGCUAGCUAGCGAUACGCUUUCUUGAGGAAUAUCGGCAAAAUAAUGUAGUAUGUAGUUCUAGGUUGUUGUUGAAAUUCAUUACAAGAACAGUCGAUUGGAUGGCGAAUAUUUUGAGCCUAUAACUCAAGGUGUAGGACUUGCAGAAGUGGAACCAUCAGGAUGGCAGGUUCUCAAUGGGAACUUCCCCCUGAGCUUUGCUGUCGGCCCAUGGCUUUUGUGGCACUCACAGGAUUGGAUGUUGUGUACAAUGCUGUCCAUAGAGCCAUAUGGGAUGCCUUCUGUGCUAACCGUAGAGCAGACAGAGUUCCAAUAUCUUUCAAAGUCCUCCCAGGAGACCAUGAGUAUCCUAAAUGUCGCACCAAGCGGACAUCAUAUGAAUGGUACAUACCCAAAGGCAUUUUAAAAACUGGUUGGAUGAACAAACACCUGAAUCUGGUGCCAGCUCUGGUUGUUCUUUUUUAUGAAUUGGACUGGGACGACCCUCAAUGGAAAGAAAAGCAAUCUGAAUGUGCAACUAAAGUGGAGAUUGUCAGAACCAGUCUUCAGGGGAGAAACACCAAAGUUGCUGUAGUCCUUAUUCAAAAGAAAACACCUUUGCCACCAGGGGAGGACCUUGUUGCAUCUGAGAGGGCAUCUGCUCUCUGCAAUGCUUGUGAUCUGUCAGGCAAAAGUUUGUUUGUACUGCCACACACGGAUCACCUGGUGGGCUACAUUAUUAGGUUGGAGAACGCCUUCUAUGAGCAUGCUCAGACAUAUUACUACACUGAGAUCCGUCGUGUCAAAUCUCACAAAGAGUUCCUUAACAAAACGACACAUCAGCUUUUGUUCGUCAGACAUCAAUUCAAAAUAGCCUUUUUCAGUGAACUAAAGCAGGACACACAAAAUGCUCUCAAAUACUAUAGAACAGCAUACAGUCUUAUCCAUGAGCUCAGAGCACAUGAGACCAAUAUGUUGGAAAUCAAAACAAUGGCUGGAUUUAUAAACUAUAAGAUCUGUCGCCUGUGUUUUCAACAUAACACUCCCCUUGAUGCUAUUGCACAAUUUAGGAAACAUAUUGACUUGUGUAAGAAGAAAAUAGGUAGUGCAGAGCUGGCCUUUGAACAUGCAGCAUGGAUGUCAAAACAGUUUCAGUCAUUUGGUGAAUUGUUUGAUGAAGCCAUUAAAUUGGGUCUGACAGCCAUCCAAACUCAGAACCCAGGUUUCUACUAUCAGCAAGCUGCAUGCUAUAGCCAGGACAGAAAGCAACUAGCUCAUCAGCUCUGUCAGACUGGAGUGAGCUAUCCUACAACCGACCCCUUGAGUGGGACCCUGGACUUCUAUGGUCAAAGACCCUGGAGACAAGGCCACCAGAGUAUUGACCCCCCAGAUGCAGAGAAAGAAAAGACAGGGAUACUAGCUCUACAAAUCAAAGAGAAAGGUGUACCUCACUCGGAACUGAUAAUAGCUCUUCUUAGCAAUGCUGUGGCCCAGUUUAAGAAGUACAAGUGUCCUCGGAUGAAGAGCCAUCUGAUGGUUCAGAUGGGAGAGGAGUACUAUCAUGCAAAAGACUACACCAAAGCCCUUAAGUUGUUGGACUAUGUCAUGUGUGACUAUCGCACUGAGAAGUGGUGGGGUUUGUUGACAGCCAUCCUCACAACAGCUCUGAGAUGUGCUUAUCUCAUGGCCAGUGUUAAAGACUACAUCAUCUACUGCUUGGAACUGCUGGGCAGAGCAUCCACUUUGAAGGAAGAUCAGAAAUUAAGGAUUGAGAAAAACCUUACCAAAGUUUUAAUGAAUGAGGUUCCAGAUGCAGAGCUGGAGUGUGACCCUUCUUCUGCCAGUGCAGCUAAAUCACUGUGGAGCGACCGCAUGGCUCUGGCUGGAGCUAAUGAGUUCACAAUCGAAGUGCAAGACUACAUUCCAUUCAUCCAGUGUAAAGCCAAGUUCCAGUCCCCCAGUUUUCAUGUCGACCAACCCAUCCAGUUACAGGUGUUCCUCAGAGCCGAUGGUCCCAAUCCUGUGUCCUUCAGCAAGUUGGCUGUCAGUCUUAGCAACCAGGAGUACAACCAGUGGUGUGUUGUAGAGUCUUCAGGUGAAAAUACUAUGAGCCUUACACCAGGCAAAACAAAAUGCUAUAACUUUAACUUUGUUGCUAAAACUGAAGAUGUUGGCAAAAAGAUUGAGAUGAAUGGUGUAGAGUUGUUGCUGGGCAGCGACAGAGGCCGUUGUGUUUUUCUGACCUGGAGAGGAGCAGGUGGAGACAUUGCUUCAACACAUGAAGCUUUGCAGGCCAGUCGGUCAUCACGUCGAUGGGGGCGGAGUCUUGAAAUGAAUCAAGAACAGGAAUGGGACACUAUUACUAUUCAGCAUAGUACAAUGAUAAUUUCUAGAGUUCCCAAAAUCUCGGUACAGCUCAGCCACCAGCCUCCAGUGCUCAAUAAUGAAAUGUACAGCCUCAAUGUCACUAUUCGGUCACAAGAAGAAGGCAUGGCCAAAGAUGUUAAACUAACUGCUGGCCUAAAACCAGGCCAGGAUGCCAACCUUAGUCAGACCACACAUGUUGCUCUUGAGGGUACAACGAUUUGUGAUGACACUGCACCAGCAUUGAUUCCUGACAUACCUUUAGGAGACUUGAAUCCAGAUGAGAAGGUGAACUGUAAACAA